AUGGAGGACGAUGAUGGAUCCUCGGUCGAUAGAAGCAAUGAUAAUGAACCCGAGAGUAAACCAGAACCCAUCAAGGGAUUCAAACUCAUAAAGUUGGAGCCCAUCGAUGAUUAUGAAGAAGACAGUGAUUCGACGCCACCGUCACCUCGUGUGAAACACAAACGUCAAUGCGCCGAAGUUGCAAUGAAACGAAUCAAACUGGAAAUCCAACCUGGGCAAUCUGAUAUUUCUAAGGACAAGAGAAAUGGCGCUGAAUCACGCGAAGGAUCUUGUGAUCGAAGCGACUGUGCUCUCCAGAAGACAUGUUCUCUAGCUAUCAAUCCAAACUGUCUACAAACGCUUACGGAUGCAUGUGGAAAGAACUUCUAUCAUAUCACGAAGGGCGAGCAUGUUUGUUCAGUAUGCUACGACGAUAUUUGGAAGUAUGGUCACAAGUACUGUCAGCAAUUUGCUGAUUGGAAAGUGGUUUGGUGCAAAAUGAGUCGUUGCUUCCCCACUCCCCGGUUUUUCGUUCAGUUAGCUAUUGAUGCACGUAACCCUAACUGGAUCCUAUCGGCAUCGGUUGCUCCAUUGUUGCACAAUUCACCCUCGUUGUACUAUCUCCGGGACCAUUAUUAUCUAGACGAAGUGGGACUCAGUCCUGCAGUUGCCAGUUACACUGGAGAAGAGAAACUCCCAUCAUCGUCAUUUAUGGCACCAUUCCACAUACCUGAAGAACCGAUGGCAUUUUGCGUACGUCCAGAUGUAAUGGAGCAUGACGAAUUGAGACGGUUUCCUCAGUAUUCUGCUGAGCCCAUUAUAUAUCUUGGUCUUCGAAACUUAGUAAUUACUCUGUGGAAUAUGAAUCCAUUUGAAUACCUUACGUUUGACCACUGUAAACAGCACCUAAUUUCUCGCGGUCUGUCCCGAGUUUGGCAGAUACAGGAAUUGAGGAAGAUUUAUGAUUAUCUGAACGUCAAGGCUAUAGUCAAUAUAGGUCUUCUCACGAUACAUUCACCUCUCUCAUAUAGAACCAGGGUAAGACGGUUUUUCUUUACUUUUUCCUUUCGCUCAGCAAAUGUGCUUAUAAUUGGUGCUGGGAUCAGUGGGCUAGCUGCUGCCCGACAACUUCACUCUCUGGGAACAAAAGUGACUAUUUUGGAGGCGAAAGAUCGUCCUGGCGGCAGGAUGCAGGACGACUUGAGUCUGGGGAUUCCAGUAGGAUGUGGUGCGCAACUAAUUACUGGCAUAAUGAACAAUCCUAUUGUUGUAAUGUGUCACCAGGCUAAUAUCCCCUACCGCCCUCUUCACCGUGAAUGUGCUAUGAUGGAUUCGGCAACGGGGAAAGUUAUGAAUCAUAAGGCUGAUAGGAUUGCUGAUGAACACUGGAAUUGUAUCCACGAUAUACUUGGGCAUUGGCGCUCACGUAUCAAGGGGCCGGAUCAUAGCCUCAUGGCAAUCACAAACGGCACGUUUGCUUUCGUGAUUCGGCUGAGUCUUCAUAAAAAGACCAUAUUGCUCCAGAUGAACGGCUUCAUUUUUCCCUUCCAGGAUCCAGACUACAACCAUAGUCAGAUUCACAAUACGAGAACAUUGAAAGAUGGGACCGUAGAGAUCGAUUUGCUGGCAGUAACUGAUCUUGAUCAUGAUAGCAAAGUUUCUAACAAAAAGUGGACCAGUUUUGCAAAAUACGGUGUAUUGCGAAUCAGUCCCGACCAUGCCAAAGUUUCAGUCACGUGGAAGGCCAACUCGGAUUUCUCCCUAAGCACUCAAAUUUCAUCCGGUGGGCGCGCAAUGGAGCUUUCCGACCUUGUUGUUUUUGACGGACGACUGCUUGUUGGAGAUGACAGAACUGGCCUGAUUUAUGAAAUUCGGGAUGGCAAGGCUUUUCCUUGGAUUUUCCUGAAUGAUGGACCUGGAAACACUAGCAAAGGGUUAAAGGUUGAAUGGCUUACCGUGAAAGAUGACCACCUUUAUGCUGGCGGAUUGGGAAAGGAGUGGACGACUACCGAAGGUGAAUACGUCAAUGAUAAUCCGAUGUGGAUAAAAGUGAUAUCUCGUAAAGGAGAGAUCAGGCACGUAAACUGGCGCGACGUUUUCAUCAGUGUUCGGCGUGCUGCAGGAAUUGAGUAUCCUGGGUACAUGAUUCAUGAAGCUGUGCAAUGGUCCAAUAUUCAUCAGAAAUGGUUUUUCCUUCCAAGGAGAGCUUCUAAAGAGAAGUAUACUGAAGCAGAAGAUGAAACUAGAGGCACCAAUCUGCUUAUCAUUGGCGACUCAUCAUUGACUUCCUUCAAGGUCAUUCAUGUGGGUGAACUGACCAAUCCUGCUCGGGGCUUUUCGGCAUUUCAGUUCAUCCCUGGCACUGAGGAUAAACUCAUCAUUGCCUUGAAGUCUGAAGAAAAAGACGGCAAGCCGGUUGCCAGCUACGUGACUGUAUUUGACAUUGAUGGGAAGAUAAUUUUGCCAGAUACCUCUCUACAGGAUCCUCACAAUUCAACCAUUUCUGCUAAUCUUGAUUUUCAUCGUUUUUAUAUAUUGAUUUCAGAUCAGAUCAAUAUUGCACAUAAGAAGCUCGUCAAAGGAACUCGACUGAAAUGGGGUGAUGCCUAUGAGCGAGCAUUUCAGUUCAAUCUGGGUAAUGCUGAAUUCAGCUGUGGAGCCAAACUGAACGAUGUGUCGUGGAGAAAUUGGGAUCAAAAUGAGGCUGUAAAUCAAUUUGCGGGAGCGCACGCACUCCUUAGUGACGGAUGUGUGGAUCUUAUUGACCGUUUGGCGGAUGGUCUCGACAUUCGUUACGAUCAUGAGGUUACGUUGGUUGAAUGGCUUCGAGGGAAAAAAUCGGUAACGGUGAGCUGUCGAAAUGGCAAGAAAUUCAACGCAGAUAAGAUCUUGAUUUUGAAAAAGAGAUCACCAGAAAAGUAUCUCGUCUACUAUGCAGUUCUAAUCUUUCUACUAAGUAGCCAACUCUUGGGUUUAUUUCAGGUGCUGUUGGCUUUACCACUAGCAGUUCUCCAGAAGCACAGGGUUAGAUUCAAUCCGAAACUUCCGGAUAAGAAGACUAGAGCGAUGAAGUACAUCGGAGCAGGACUUAUCGAAAAGGUAGCUGUCCGCUUCCCGCGUUGUUUUUGGAAUUCGCUUUUGAAGAAGGAUGGCACACUCGACUAUUUCAGUCAUGCUCCCCGAAAGAGUAGCGAGCGAGGUCUUUUCAACAUGUUUUAUGAUUUCUCUCGCAGGGAUGAAAAUGGAGUGGCACCAUUCUACGUCCUAAUGUCGUAUGUUUGUGGUGAUUCUGUCGACAUUGUGAAUAAGUACAGCGACGAAGAGGUGGCCCAAAUGUUUGUCAACACUUUGAAACAGUUGUUCCCAAAAGAGGAUAUACCGGAGCCAGAUGGAGCCGUGGUAACACAUUGGGGAAGGGAUCCCCACAUUGGUAUGGCUUACAGUUAUGUUCGUAUAGGUGGAACUGGAGCACAUUACGAUGAUUUGGCAGCUCCAGUAGAUGCAAAGUUAUACUUCGCUGGAGAGUGCACAAAUCGUUUCUUUCCACAAACAAUGACGGGCGCUUACAUCAGUGGACUUCGUGAAGCAGGACGUAUCUGGGAAUCUUCCCAUAAUGAAAUAUGGCUUGACUAA